AAAAAGAGCUGCCCACAGCCUCCCGGGCACCGGGUGCUGCUGCCUGCGAGAGGAGCUGCUGGGGCAGGACUGCGAGAGAGAGAGAGAGAACAGCACGCAGGCACUCAGCUGCUUCAGGUCAGGACGUGAAGGUGUUUUAAGCCACCUCUGACCCCAGCCCGGAGCUGUGAGAACCUGCCUGGCAUAGGGGACAGGGAAGGGUCUGUGGCCCCGCUGCGGGUGAGGGGCUCGGGGCCCCCCAGAAGCACCCCCCAACCUGCCAAGCACCAGCGCAGCCUUAUCUCUGCCAGGGAGCCAGGCUCUUGCCCCCGUGCCAGCCGCCGUGGAGGCUGUGAGAUGCCCAGGAAGGAGCUGGGGCUGGGGCUGGCAGGCUGUGACACUGUGCUCAGCAUGGCCUCCAACCACUCACAGCGGAGUGAUAACACUUAUGAUUACUUAUCUGUAGAAGAGAAAGAAUGUUUGAUGUUCCUAGAAGAAACCAUUGGCUCCCUGGAUGCAGAAGCAGAAAGUGGGGGCUCUACUGAUGCCACUGACCACAGGGACCCCUCCAAGCUGCCCAGGACACAUCCCAAGAGAGACUCCAUCCCUCAGGAUAUGGAAAAUGGGGCUCGCCCCCCGAGCAGAGGUCAGCAGCGUGCAGCAGAGCAGAUGAGUGGUAAGAGCAUCUCCAGCUCCCCCAGCACAGCUCCAGCAGUGGCUCCAAGCCCAGGGUGCAGCACAUCAGUGGUACCAGAUGCAGAGAGAGCAAGCAGAGCUCCUGCCACCAAAGUGACUGUGAACAGAGCAGAGGACCCAGUGUCUGGAACUCAAUCUUCACAGGAGAUGGCCAAGGAGGACAGGUUUGACCAAGCCAACACGAGAAACCAGAUGAAGUCCAUGGAAUCUUUGAUUAUCCAGCCUCCAGAUCCUUUCCAGGAUGAGCCCGUGAGCCACGAGUGGUCACAGAGCAAUCGCUCAGAUGGCAAGGGGGAAACAGCCAAGGAGACCAAGACUUGGACUUCAGGGGCUCAGCCAGAGAAAUCCACGCUGGAAGAAGCUUCUCAGGACACAGAUGCCAAGCGUGGGCCUCCAACUGCCCCUAAGCCACGGAAAUUACCACCAAAUAUUAUCCUGAAAACCAGCAAAACCAGCCCAGUGCCACUUGCCACGGAGCCUGGCCAGAAGGUCAAGGCAGCAUCCCCACCCUCAGGUGGCUCUCAGCCCAGUGACACCACUGCUGAAAGGGCAAAUCUGGGGCACCUCGACCCCAAGGAAAGGGAAAAAGCCCAUCGGGAGGCACUGGUGAAGCUGGGACUGUCCGAGAAGAGGAAGGAGCCUGGAACCCACCUUCAACCUGCGCUGCCCUCCCAACAAAAGGCGAUGCCAUUCCCUGUUCCCAAGGAGCCCUCGGGGGAAGCUCUGCUCCCACCUACCCGACAGAUGAACUUCAAAUCCAACACCCUGGAGCGCUCCGGCGUGGGGCUGGGCAGCUGCAUGGCCAGCACCAAGGAGCAGAACGUCAAAUCCAGCAGCUCCCUGGGGAAAAUGUCCUUUAUGGAACGCCUGGCUCCCAGCUUCCUCCGGAGCAGCCGCCCCCGGCCCGCAUCCCUCGGGAUGGGGAAGGAUUUUGGGGAUUUGAAGGAGCCCGGGGAGGUGGAGCAGGAAAAGAGCAAUAAGAGGAGAUCCCACCCACUGCCCAGCAUCCCUCGGCCCCCCCGUCCCUCCGUCAGCGUCAAGAUUGUCCCCAAGGGCGCGACCGAGGAGAACCGGCGAGAGGCUCUGAAGAAGCUGGGGCUGCUGAAGGAAUAGCUCUGCAGGCUGGGGGGGCUGCUGGAAAGGGAUUUUUCACCCCAGAUCCAAGGGACUUCACUGCCUGGCCUCGGGCAGCAGAGCCACAAGGAUCUUCUGCUGCCACCUCCUGCCCCAGCAUCUUGGGGAGGUACCCAGAGCUCCAGCACCCAAAGAAGUGCCCCCCGUGUACAUAAUAUUUUGUAUAUAGCAGGUGUAUAGGAGCUAUUUAUAUACAGCAUCGCUCAGCUGGUGGGUGGGAUGUGUUCUCCUGCAGGGGCUUCACUGCAUUUAUGGAUUCAUUGCACGGGAAAACCAGGAAACUGGGGCUUUGGCUUAUUUGAAAAGGGGAUGGAGCCUCUCUGGGAAGAACUGCAGGACUGUGCUGUUCCUUAUGGAUUUUUGGGGGGUUAACUUCACUCCCCUGCCCUAUGCAACUGCUUCUAAAAAGCCACGACUGCCACGUACCAAGCUGCCAGACCAAGGGACACUGGGGCAGCUCCUGGGGACAGGGGCUGGGUGGCUGCACCAGGCUGCUCACACAUCCAGCCCCAGCAACCUGGAUUUAGCACUUAACCACUCAAGAUAAACAUCUCCAUUCAUCACAAAGCGACAAUUAAGAAGCGACAGAUCGUGUGCCAGGGGCAGAACCAGAAAUGCUGCCCCAAAAUGAGAGAGAAGCAAAGCUGAGACAGCUCCAUCUCCAUCCCCUUCAAACUCUCCUUGCACCUUUCAGCCCCAGCUGAUGCUGUCAGCAUUUAUGCUGUGCACCUCCCAUAACACAGGGGCUUUAUUUCUAUAAUAAACUUGUAUAUGA